AUGGGAUCUUACGAGGAAGCUCUGUCUGUUGCCAAUUUCAUCAAGUCGAAGGUGUCUGUGGAACCGAAGAUAGGCAUCGUCUGUGGUUCUGGUCUUGGUACCUUAGCCGAAACCGUCACUGAUGCAGUCGUGGUUACUCUUCCGAUACGAGUCAUGAAACUCCUUGGUGUUGAACAUCUUAUCCUUACCAAUGCUGCUGGAUCGCUUAAUCCGGAAUAUAAUGUUGGAGAUAUUAUGAUUAUCAAAGACCACAUUAGUUUGCUCUCAUUGACUGGAAAAAGUCCUCUUGCCGGGCCGAAUGACGACAGAUUUGGACCACGAUUCCCGUCAAUGUGCAAUGCAUACCCAAAACAAAUGAGAAACACUGUCAAGGAAAUCGCAAAGCAACUAGGCGUCGAUCACUUUGUCCGAGAAGGUGUCUACGUAGCUCAGUUUGGACCUGCAUAUGAAACACCCGCUGAAUCUCGUUUCUUGCUGAAGGUUGGUGCGGACGCUGCAGGAAUGAGCACUGUUCAUGAAUCCACUGUCGCAAAUCACGCCGGCAUGAAAGUCUUCGCAAUGUCUUUGAUCACCAACAAAAUAUUGCUUGACGAGAGCGUUGAGGCUACGUGCUGCCAUGAAGAAGUUUUGGAAAUGAGUGCUAAACGAUCGGAAACCAUGAAGGCAUUGGUAACGAAAUUAGUUGAAACUUUGUAA